UAGGAUUCUUCCCAAUAAUAAAUACAUCUGACUAUUAUUAUUAUUACUAAACAACGAGAUACUAUUACCACUUACACGUUGCAAUAAUGAGCGAGGAACAUGAGCAUCAUGUUAUCGGCGGAUACAAGGCUACCCUUGCAAACCCCAAGACUUCUGAAGAGGCCAAGGCCCAUGCCAGACGAGCAAUCGAGGAAUAUGAGAAGAAGCACAAAUCCGGUGGUGGUAGCACAGAGCAUGACCAUAGGGUUGCAGGGGGGUACAAGGCGGCCCUGCACAAUCCCAAAGUCUCCCCCGAGGCUAAACAACAUGCCAAAGAAGUUUUAAAGGAGCAUGACGUCUGAGCUAAGGGCUUAAAAGGAUACUAUUUUGAAAUACAGCAUGCACUAUGAACUCGCGAGGAGGCGCUGUGAAGGCAGUGUAUCAAGAAUGGGAUCAAAUUCUGGGGCCAACAUUAGGUAAUGAUUGUCAUUGCCGUGCUGGAUGGACAAAUGGUGAACAACACCCACAUCAACGAUAUCGGGACAUUUUAAAAUAGUUGCGUGGUCUUCUGCUGGAGGGGUAACUUAACCCGUUUUUUACCCAUCUCUCUGUCCUGCUGUUAUGUAAUGUUUGAUGCCAAGGUAAGGUAAAAGCGGGAUGAAGGAGGAACAUUAUAACUAUUAACUCUGCUAUGCCCACAACAAGCGACAGCUGAGAGGUGAUGGUGGGAAGUGGUAUCAUAAUGUUAUGUGAACAAUUAAGACCAGCCUUAGAUUUUUAGUUACGCAUGUGUCUUAUAUGUUCUGAAUAACUGUGUCAAAUCGACCUUUCAACGCAUAUAUAACUUCUCUUCCCCACUAACUAUCGUCACAUCAUCCUUUUAAGUUGGCCAAUAGGUGGAUGAGCGAGUUACUGGGAGCAGGAGACACGGAGAUUGGGGGAGAGAACGCUUGUGGGGUGACUGCUUUCUUGUACGUUCUAUUAGAUUCCAUUAUGGUUCUUUUCUUUCUUAUCAUAUAUAGAUAUCUCAUAACAAUAACUUGCAUUUCAUUCUGACAUCUUCGCUUCUGUGGCACAUCUUCGCGACGCGCCAGGCCUAAUAGGAUCUUAUCUUCAUUUCCAGCAAAUCAACGAAGGGAAAAGCCCCUCAACAACCUCCAUCUGGCUCUCCCACCAGAGUACAACAACACCGCAUUACGUGAAUAAGCAUACGGGAAUCAUUAAUACUACUGAACUAUUCUGUAGAUCUCCCCAAUGACGAUAAUUGGGAGGUAUAGAAUAAGUCUCAAGAGCAUUUCUGCCAAGGUGGGCAGUAGAAUUUCUAGAAAUGGUGAUCCAAGUUUGAAGUGAACAAUGGAAAUGACGUGUUGUAGUAGGAAGAGGCAAUUCUUGAAUUCGUUGAACGGAAGGUGUUUCGUUCGUUGCGGUGAAGUGUUGUGAUUCCCAUCAUGUUUUUGGAAGUCGCGUC